AUGGAGACGUGUAAGCCUCCAGGGUUGUAUGUCGAUCCGCCUGAUUUCGACAUCGAACUGGAGGAGUUCGGCACGUUGCCAAUGCGUAGGCUAGAGGCCGUUCGACUUCUACGUGAGGGACAAACAACGCCGGCGCAGGUGCCGGAGGCGAGCCCGGCGCAAAAAGCGCUAACGGCCGACGCUAGGCUGCUUCUCCUCCACGGGCACGGCGAUCGGCCCUCAGAGGCCAAGAAUCAACGCGCAGACCUCGCGAGCCACUUCAUACUGAAGCUGGCGUGCUGUGGUGCAACAGGCGGAGGAGUACAGCCGGGAACCGAAGCCAGCAAGAGGGACGACAGCAGUGGUCGGUGCGAGGAAGUUGACCGGAGGAGCAGCAGGCGGGAAUGGUUCGUUCGCGCAGAGAGGGACUUGUUUGAAGCUCGUCUUCACUGGCAUCUCCAGCAAAACGAGGGGGGGGGCAGCAAGGAAGGAAUCGCGGGGCGAUGUAACGGGGGAGCAAGUAGCGCCGAUCUUGGGGCACGUGCGAGUAUUGCCGACCGUUUGGAGGCCCUGAGAAUAUUUUAUAACCUGGAAUGGCUGCAGCCGGUUGGACCGGCAGCUCCGGAUUGCAGCCGCAUGGAGAAGCAGAGAGAAAGUGGGCACGAAGGUUCUCACGCGAGGGAAGGCGUUUGCACCAGCAGUUACGGUGGUAAAGGAUGUGGCGGCGGUGGUGGGAGUGGAAGCGGUGGAGGUGGCGCCGGGAGAAGGCGACGAGACGGGGAUGACCCCUUCCGAGAGCACUCCCGCUCAUAUUCUCCUGGCGCGUGUUCACGUGGCGAUGCAAGUCACGUGACUCUUGAGCGACAGCUCCCUCCUUCGUCAGAGAGGAAGAAGCUACCCGAAUCCGUUGCCUUCAAAGGCGGUAGCGACAUCGGUUACCUAUCGUGCCCGUUCGAGAAAGUUCUUCCGCUUGUCCGAUCCCGCCGGGUAUUGCUUAGGGACGGGAAGGCGCUACUCUCGCCAGAUCAACUUCCUGAGGCAGUGGUACAGCACUUUGAAGGGCGUCUUAGGGAGGGACUCGCCAUCGCGGAGCGCGGCUUGCCCGGGGUCGAGGCGGACGUUAGGGUGGCAGAGGUUUUGAGACAGGUCAGGAGUGCAGUGGAUUCCUUGGUUAGCGGCGGCGGGCGGCGUGGCCUUGACGCAGACAACCGAUCGAUGGCCAUAAUCACCCGGAAAAACAUCGACCAGCUUGCCGAGAAGCACUUCCCGCUCUGCAUGCGGAGAACGCUUCGCAUCCUUCGACGUGAGCACCACCUCAAGUAUCAGGCGCGCCUGCAGCUCAUCAGCUUCCUCAGGAACGCCGGGAUGGAGGUUGAUGAGAUUCUGGGUCUUUGGCGGGAGGAGUUCCCGAAAGGCAUGCCGGCGGACGAGUAUGCUCGCAAGAGAAACCAGCUAAGCGCACUCUGA